GGCGACCGUCCGUUGUUUUCGUUUUGGUGGAAAAUGGCCGCGGCUCGGGCGACGCGUCUACGCCUCGAAAUAUCGGCCUUGGAUCUGGUGAGAAAGAAGAAAAAAAGGAGAAAAAAGGAAAAAAAAAACGUUCAAUCAAUAAAUUUAGCGAUCGUCGCUUCCUCGUACUCGUCCAAACGUGUUUCAAUAGCGCACAAUAUUUUUUCCCGUCUCGUUCGAUUCGCCGUAAUAACACGCCGUUGAAAAUCGCAGGAAACUCGGCAGGUACGAUGUCAUUAACGUUGUUAUUAUCGUCGUCGCGAGAUCCCCGACGAUAAGCGAUGCGACCUUUUAUUUUUCUUCCCCCCGUAUCGUUUAGCGUCGCGUGAAACGCGCUAAAAAUUAUACGAUUAUGAUUCCGCGAAGCAACGCGGAGCGAACCAAAACGCAAACAUCGUUAGCGCUCGCGACACCUCCUCGUAAUUAGGAACGUCCGACGCGCCCGCGACCGUCGCGUUUCGCUAGGAGAAAAAAAAAGAAAUUUCUUUCUCGUUUCGAAUAGCCAGAAAAUUUUCUUCGUCGGACGAAUAGAAACGCGGGCCCGUCUCGGGUCUCCGGCGGUACGCGCGGCGGUAAGCGCGUCGCGCUAACAAUUAGCCGUUAAUCGCGUUAUCUGGAUUUCUCGGCUCGGGAUAUUCCCGUUCAGGGUUGCGUACGUACGACGGUUAUACGACGUUUCGUCAGCUGCAGUGUCCCCGUAUAUCUGAACAAAAACUAUGACUCGCUCACCGACAUUUUCGCCGAGAGUUUCUCAGUGUCGCGUUACCCACCGACGCCUCAGGACGCACCGCGUCGCGGAUCUCGCAACGAUCCCCCAAGUUCGCGCCAUUGUCGCGUUGUCGCAGCUCCGACGACCGAUCCCGGUGUCCUCCGAUCGAUCGACCGACCUACCGACCGACCGAGAUCCGAAGGAGAUCCGGUUCGCGGCCGAAUUACGCUACCUCGGCGGCCGCUCCACCGCGCUACGCUAUACGCCGCGGAACGAAACGCGCGUUCGCGUUCCGCGUGCGGGGAAAAAUCGUCCGAUCGAAAAUCCGCGAGCUUUUCUUUCGAGCGCGGAAGAAUCGGAGUGACGCGUCGAUCGGCGGUGUGACGUCGGCGAUCCCAGUUUUCUGGCCCGAGGCCCCUCCCCCCCUCCUCCGGAGAGAGAGAGAGAGAGAGAGCGGCGCGUACUCGCGUCGCCGACGAAGUGACGCGUGAAAACGUGUUUUCAAAACUCGGAUAGGAGUCGAGCGACGUCGCCGGACCUGGAAUCCGCGGGGCCUCGACGAGGACGCGGGCGGAGGAGGCAGGGCGAGCUAGCCGCGCAGUGGCGUCGGACGAGGAAAUAGAGGGGUAAGGAGUGGCAACGGCGACGAUUUUCGCUCUCCAGUUAUAGCGAGGCGGGUUCUCAUCGUCGGUGAGCCGCAAGAUCGGAGGAGCCUCGACGGCCCGUUUUUCAUCCGCAGACCGAACGCAGCGACCGCGACUCGUUCCGCGAUUCCCGCUGGAACGGCGAAGACGAAGAAAACCGCCGCCAGAGAGCUGCGGGGAAAACUGGCCUCACGUUCCGCCCGACGCAACGCCGGAUUCCAGGUGGGUACGAUCGACCGACGCGACCUGCGGCGGCGGCGGCCAUCUUGGAACGAGGAAAACAAACAGGAGAGGAUCAGCGAGCCGCGAACGACGACUGACGUUGCCGAUGCCGCGAGCGUCGAUCGACGCGUUUCUUUAGAUCAAUCGAUCGUCCGCUAGAGGAGGAGGAGGAGUAAGAGAUAAAAAGAAGGAGAAGGAAAAAAAAAAGAGCGCUCGUUUUCGAGAGAGGGACCAGCAGCCGAUGCGUUGGUAAUGAACGCGACGCGGGUAUGCUGAUUGUCGCUCGGGAGCAAGAAAACCGGCAUCUGGAGCGCCGGAGGAUCGGCGAAGACAACCUCGGAUAUCUUCCGCGCGAUGCCGACGACGACGACGACGACGUGGAGGAAGAAGAGGACGACGAGGCGGAGGAAGAAGAGGACGACGAGGCGGAGGACUCCGGGGAUUUCGGGGAUCCCGAGGGGAUCCCGGGGGACUCCUCCCUGCUGGAGGAGGGCGAGGACUCCGGCGCCUGGAGCCGCGACGCCCAAGCCAGCGUCUCGUCGCUCCAGCAGCGAUUCGACAACGGCGUCGUUCUGCCGGUGGGCGAGUCGCCCUCCUUCGGCGACGUUUGCGUGAAAAAUUCGGCGAACGUCCACUUCGGUAACAAGACGUUCUACAACGGGCCGGUGACCAUAAAGCAGAUCGUCUACGCGAACCCCGCGGUACGCGGGGACGCCGAGACGGACGACGGAAAGGCGGACGGUACGCGAUGCUUCGCGGAAAAUUCUUGCCCCACGGCGGCGGAGGGCGAAAAGUUCGCCGGCGAGGAGGCGCCCCGGGCCGCCAAGAAGGACGGGGAGGAGCGCAAAGCCUGGGAAUGGUGUUCCUGUCUGUUGACGUGGAGAUGCGUGGCCCUGAUGUGCGCCAUGGGCUCCUGUCUGGUGGCCGCGAUGGUGGUCAGCGUGGUACUUCUCACCCGGGACACCGAACCGCCGCCUACGCCAAUAUUUCCCGAAAUUCCCGACUCGUCGCUCGACGACAACGGUAUUCCGCUGGGCAAACUGCGUUUCGUGGAGCGCGCCGAGUGGGGCGCCCAGCCCCCCACGGAGCCGCUGGAGCGGCUUCGGCUCCCUGUCCCCUACGUUUUCAUAAGCCACACCGCCACGGACUUCUGCAAAACACAAUCGGAGUGCGUUUUCCGCGUCAGGUUCGCCCAGACCUUUCACAUAGAGUCGAGGAACUGGUCGGACAUAGGUUACAACUUCCUGGUCGGCGGCGACGGUUACGCCUACGUGGGUCGGAGCUGGGACUUCGUCGGGGCCCACACCUACGACUACAACGCGAGGAGCAUCGGCGUAUCCUUCAUAGGCACCUUCAACACCGUGGUGCCGCCUAAGCACCAGCUCCACGCCGUCCGGCAGCUCAUCGAGCUGGGGGUCAAGGGCGGCAAGAUAUCGCCGGACUACAAACUCCUGGGGCAUCGUCAGGUCUCGAAGACCCUCAGCCCCGGGGACGCCCUCUACAACGUGAUCAAAACCUGGCCCCAUUGGUCGCCGACUCCUUAGUUAUUCAACGAUAUUAAUUGAUUGAGACCGGACGGCGUGUCCGGCUGGAGUCUCAACUAGUUUUGCGGAAAGGCGGACGAACACGUGCGUUUAGUUUUUAGGGAUUUAGGGUAGGUCUAGUUUCUAGUUCUGUUUAAUUUAUGGCGUGGGAGGAGGAGGAGGAGGGGAGGGCGGACGGACGGCGUCCGCUCGUGGAGAUUUGACUGUACGACUAAAUGAAAUUGUUCUAUUUUUCA